AUGAAGUGUCUUUCAUGGAAUUGUCGGGGCCUUGCCAGAGACCCGACAUCCCAAGCUCUUGCGGCUUGGGUGAAGAAGUACAAGGUGGACUGUAUCUUUUUGAUGGAAACUAAAACUAAUAGAAAUAAGAUGGAGGCUGUGGCUCGUUAUUUGGGUUUUUCGAAAAUUGCUUGUGCAGAUGCCUCUGGUUUGUCAGGAGGUUCUUGUUUAAUGUGGAAUUGUAACAUGGAUUUGGUGGUUAAUUACUUUGUUGAUGGGUUCUUUGAGGCUACGAUUUGGGAUUUUCAAUCUCAACUUCACUGGAAAUUGUUCGCAGUAUAUGGUACGCCUUAUGCAAGUGUCAAGGAGGUUUUUUGGAGAUCCUUGGAAGAGGAAUGUUCUCAAUGUUCCCUGCCAUGGAUUAUUCUUGGAGAUUUGAAUUGUAUUUAUAGUCAAGAAGAGAAGUCAGGGGGUCGGUUAGUUUCUUAUGCUGAUACUCAAUUUUUGAAGAACUUCAUGCUUAAUACUGGCUGUGUUGAUCUCCAAUUUAUAGGGAAUAAAUUCACUUGGCAAAACAAACGGUUUAAUGGUGGUCUUAUCAGGGAAAGGCUUGAUCGAGCAGUGUGUUCUCCAGAAUGGCUUUUGGAUUAUGAGUUUGCUGGUAUUCGUAAUAUGCCAAUCUCUAUUUCAGAUCACGCUCCCAUUGUUCUCGAUACUCAUUUAUUUGCUCCGAGAGGUUAUAUACCUUUUCGGUUUUUUGAAUCUUGGUCCUGGGAGCCUUCAUGUAAAAAUGAGAUAUCUAGAGUAUGGAAUUUUUCUGGUAGCAAUGCUACUGCUGCCUUCAUUCAUAAUAUCAACAAAGUCAAGAAUGCUCUUCAGGUGUGGAAGAAGAAUGGCCAUUUGGUCAAAGAGUGUGAUAUUAACAAGUUGGAGAGGAGAUUGGAGUGGACUCAAAAUCAGCCAAUUACUGAUGCUUUGAAAAGAGAAGAAGCUAGUAUUCAUUCUCAAAUCCUGGUUGCUUGGGCUAAACUUGAAAGUAUGUGGAGACAACGAUCAAGAGAAACUUGGCUCUCCUUGGGGGAUAGAAAUACAAGGUAUUUUCAUGCUGCAACUGUUAUCAGAAAAAGGCGAAAUAGUAUUUGGGCAAUUAAAGACAAAGAAGGGAGAAUUUGGAAAGAGAAGAGGAUCAUAGGGGGCAUCAUUAAUAAUUAUUUCCAUGAGCUGUAUACUUCCUCUCAGCCGUGCAUUGAGGAGGAAUUAUUUAUUAAUCUGUUUGCCAAUAGGAUUGAUGAUAAUGCAAAUGACAUCAUUGCUAGAGUGCCUACAGAUGUGGAAAUUAAGGAGGUGGUUUUCUGCCUUCAUCCUCUCAAGGCCCCAGGUCCGGAUGGGUUUUCGGGUUGUUUCUUCCGCAAAUACUGGGAAGUGGUUGGUCCAAAUUUGUGUGCUACAGUCAGAGAGUUUUUCUUGUCGGGAGAAAUGGAUCCUAAUCUUAACAAGACUUUUAUUUGCCUUAUUCCGAAAGUGGAUUUUCCUCUGGGUGUAGACCAAUUUCGUCCAAUUAGCCUUUGCAAUUUCUCCUACAAAGUCAUAGCCAAGAUUCUAUCUAAUAGGCUAAGACCUUUCAUGUGUGAUCUAAUUUCUCCCCUUCAGUCAGCGUUUAUCCCAGGGCGUUGGAUCGCUGAGUCUUCUAUUCUCACUCAAGAAAUCAUUCACAAGAUUCGUCAUAAGAAAGGUAAAGGGGGGCUUAUGGCCUUAAAGCUUGAUAUGCACAAAGCUUACGACAAAAUGGAAUGGAAAUUCUUAGAAAAAGUUCUUGUGGCUAAUGGAUUCUCUGAGAAAUGUCGAAAGCUUUUGAUGGCUUGUGUCACUAGUGUUUCCUAUGCGGUUCUUCUUAAUGGAUGUCCGCUUAAGAAAUUGAUUCCGCAACGAGGACUUCGUCAAGGAGAUCCUCUUUCCCCCUUUUUAUUUUUACUUUGCCAAGAAGUUCUUUCAAAGCUCAUCUCCAAAGCCGAAGCUCAGAAUGAGGUUCAUGGCAUCAAAAUUGCGCACUCAGCGACCCCGAUUUCUCACUUGAUGUUCGCAGAUGAUACCAUUCUGUUUGCUCGUGCAAAUUCAAAUGAAGCUAACAAGUUGAUGGCUUGCCUCUCCACCUAUGAAUCUUGGUCUGGGCAAUCUUGCAGCAAAUCCAAGUCUGGAGUUCUCUUUUCUAAGAACAUGUCUAUUGAAAGGAAGAGCGAUAUUCUCGGUAUUCUCAACAUUAAUCAAGUUAAUGGUGAUGAGAGGCAUCUUGGUAACCCAUUUGUGUUCAAAAGAAGGAAAAAGGAAGAUUAUCAGAGGCUUAGAGAAAGUAUGCUGAAAAAAUUGGAAGGUUGGAAGAUGAAACUCAUUUCUUAUGCUGGCCGAUUAACCUUGAUAAAAUCAGUAACUUCGGCUAUGCCAAUCUAUGCAAUGUCCACUGCUAAAAUUCCUUUAGCUAAUUGUCGAGAUCUAGAUGCUUUGAUGAGGAAGUUUUGGUGGACAGGAAAGGUGGAUAAGGACCGUUAUCUUGCUCUAAAGGCUUGGGAUAAGAUAUGUCAACCAAAGGAUUCUGGAGGCUUGGGCUUAAGAAGAUGUGAAGAUAUCAACAAAGCAUUAUUAACUAAGUUAGCGUGGAGUUUGGCAACCAAAGAAAAGAAGCCUUGGGUCUCCUGUAUGCUGAAAAAGUAUUGCAAUUAUGAGAACUUUUGGGCAGUUAAAGGCAAGAGUAAUGAUUCUUAUCUUUGGAAGUGCAUCCUGGAUACUCGACCAACAAUCCUCAAGGGAUCCAUUUCUGUUGCUGCUUCUGGUGAUACUAUAAAUAUAUGGCAACAGCCGUGGAUUCCCUGGAUGGAAGCUCCUGAAUUUUUGGACCUUAUGAGUAGCUUGAGGAAUAAUGGAUUUACAAUCAAAACUGUAGCAGAUAUUUCAUCAGGUAAUGAAUGGAAUGAAGAACUGGUUUUGCAAGUGUUUGGAAAUGGGUUGGGACACCGUAUUCUCUCUAUACCAAGGAUCCCCUUUCCCUUUCAAGAUCAGGUUUAUUGGAAAGAUUCUCCAAAUGGUCAAUUUUCUGUUAAAGCAGCCUAUAAAGUGGAUCAAUCUUGGAGGUUUGAUCCGAUUGAAGAUGUCUGGAAGUGGAUAUGGGAUGCUGGUAUACAUCCCAAGAUUUCAGUUUUGCUUUGGAGGUUCUUAAAUGAUGCUCUCCCUACAAAGAGCAGGUUGGUUUUUUUGCCAGAUAAAGGGUGUGAUCUGUGUGAAGGAGUUACCGAAGAUUCUAUGCAUUUGUUCAGUAAGUGUAGCUUCUCAAAGUCCAUUUGGUUCGGUGGAAGUAAAUCAAUUAGGAUAGGGGAGUUCCAUGGUGAUUCUAUCCAAAGUGUGUUAGAAAAUUUGGUGCCUUCUUUCACAAAGUCCCAUUCAGAUGCAAGCAGAGCUGAUCUUCUCAACUAUGUGGGAUGCGUUCUAUCGGUUAUAUGGCAUCAACGAAAUGCCUUCUACAUCAACAAUGUUCCAGUCAAUCCCCUAGUGGCGUUAGCAAGGGUAGAAUCUGAUUUUAUGGAAUUACAGACGUUGCCUCGCCUCAGCAAGAGUACUCAUAAUGCAGAUAUUCAGAUCUCUGGAGGUUCGGCAGGUGCAGGGGUCACCUUCCCUUCUAGCAGUUUGGUAAGGCAUGUUUUCUUCACGGAUGCUUCGUGGGUGGAAGGUGAAGCGGGCAUUGCAGCAGUAUCUGUUGACACUGCAAACGGCUGCUGGUUUGUUAGACACCAGAAGCAACAGGUUAAUUCAGCCCUUGAAGGUGAAUUUAGAGCUAUUUUCCUAGCUCUUUCAUGGGCAAUUGAUCAAGGCUGGAGUGAGGUUCUUAUUCUCUCAGAUUGCAAGGUGGCAGUUCAUGCCCUUUCUUCCUCAGGUCUAUGUCCUGAUUGGCAGUUAUCUAAUGUGUUCUAUUCUAUAAUUAACAUGUCUAAACUCUUAACUGUUUGUAAUUUCUGUUAUAUUUGUCGUAGUUUUAAUUCGGUUGCGGAUGGUUUAGCCAAGAAAGCUAGAGUUGCUAGCGAUCUGGUCGUUUUGUAUCAAGGGGAGGGUAAUCCCCCUGUGAUUCCCAUCACUUUUCUCGCUUAA